GGUGGUUUGCGUGGACGCGGGCAGAGGCGGCCGGCCCGCCACCGCAGCCUCAGCGCCCGCGGCCCCGGCAGGCGCGUCGGGACACCGAGGCAUCCUCCCCCUCCCGCCGCCCCGGGAGCCUCGGCGCCCGCCGCACCUCCUCCCUGGGCUUCGGACCCCCGGCCUCGCCCCCGAAACAUGACUCGCGAUUUCAAACCUGGAGACCUCAUCUUCGCCAAGAUGAAAGGUUAUCCUCAUUGGCCAGCUCGAGUAGAUGAAGUUCCUGAUGGAGCUGUAAAACCACCCACAAACAAACUACCCAUUUUCUUUUUUGGAACUCAUGAGACUGCUUUUUUAGGCCCAAAGGAUAUAUUUCCUUACUCAGAAAAUAAGGAAAAGUACGGCAAACCAAAUAAGCGAAAAGGCUUUAAUGAAGGUUUAUGGGAGAUAGAUAACAAUCCGAAAGUGAAAUUUUCAAGUCAACAGGCAUCAACUAAACAAUCAAAUGCAUCAUCUGAUGUUGAAGUUGAAGAAAAAGAAACUAGUGUUUCAAAGGAAGACACUGACCAUGAAGAAAAAGCCAGCAAUGAGGAUGUGACUAAAGCAAUUGACAUAACCACUCCAAAAGCUGCCAGAAGAGGGAGAAAGAGAAAGGCAGAAAAACAAGUAGAAACCGAGGAGGCAGGAGUAGUGACAACAGCAACAGCAUCUGUUAAUCUAAAAGUGAGUCCUAAAAGAGGACGACCUGCAGAAAAUGCAGUGAAUUCUGAUACAGAUUUUCAAAGAUGUGAAUGUAGUAUGCAUAUGAAUAUUGGAUCUACAGAAGUCAAGAUUCCAAAACCAAGAGGCAGACCCAAAAUGGUUAAACAGCCCUGUCCUUCAGAGAGUGACGUGAUAACUGAAGAAGACAAAAGUAAGAAAAAGGGGCAAGAGGAAAAACAACCUAAAAAGCAGCUUAAAAAGGAUGAAGAAGGCCAGAAGGAAGAAGAUAAGCCAAGAAAAGAGCCAGACAAAAAAGAGGGGAAGAAAGAAGCUGAAUCAAAAAGGAAAAAUUUAGCUAAAACAGGGGUGACCUCAGCCUCUGACUCUGAAGAGGAAGGAGAUGAUCAAGAAGGUGAAAAGAAGAGAAAAGGUGGAAGAAACGUGCAGACUGCUCAUAGAAGGAAUAUGCUCAAAGGCCAACAUGAGAAAGAAGUAGCAGAUAGAAAACGCAAGCAAGAGGAACAAAUGGAAACUGAGCAGCAGAAUAAAGACGAAGGAAAGAAGCCAGAAGUUAAGAAAGUGGAGAAGAAGCGAGAAACAUCAAUGGAUUCUCGACUUCAGAGGAUACAUGCUGAAAUAAAAAAUUCACUCAAAAUUGAUAAUCUUGAUGUGAACAGAUGUAUUGAGGCCUUGGAUGAACUCGCUUCACUUCAGGUCACAAUGCAGCAAGCUCAGAAACACACAGAGAUGAUUACAACACUGAAAAAAAUACGGCGAUUCAAAGUUAGUCAGAUUAUCAUGGAAAAGUCUACAAUGUUGUAUAACAAGUUUAAGAACAUGUUUUUGGUUGGCGAAGGAGAUUCUGUGAUCACACAAGUGCUGAAUAAAUCUCUUGCUGAACAAAGACAGCAUGAGGAAGCAAAUAAAACCAAAGAUCAAGGGAAGAAAGGGCCAAACAAAAAACUAGAAAAGGAGCAAACAGGUUCAAAGACUCUAAAUGGAGGAUCUGAUGCUCAAGACAGUAAUCAACCACAGCAUAAUGGAGAUAGCAAUGAAGAAAGCAAGGACAACCAUGAGGCCAGCAGUAAGAAAAAGCCAUCCAGUGAGGAGAGAGAGACUGAAAUAUCUCUGAAGGAUUCUACACUAGAUAACUAGGUUGACAUACCUGGAAUAUAAAGAACAUUUGAGAAGUUUGUAAUGGUUUUCAUUUGAAAUAUUUAGACUGCUGAGAGUUUUAAAUUUUUAUAAGCAUAGGUUUUGAUGUUUCAAACUUGUUUUUGAGGGAGAAAAUCCCUUUAUCUUUGUUUAAAAGUAAUUAAACAUUAUUGCUAAUUGUACUUGUGCAGUAUUAACAGCUACAUUACACAGUAAAUGUGAGGGAAAAUCCAUUUAGGAAAUGUUAAACUGCUUUUCCAGACAUUGGUUGUAGCAUAUUUUCAAUUAGUGUGUGUAUGUUAAUGUGUAAUUGAUAAUAGAAAAAAGUUACAUUUUUAACACUGCUACUUGUAUAAAAACCUUUCCUCUUUUUCCCAAAUACCUUGGGUUUUGUGCAUAGUUUUUACAAAUCUUGGAUUUAUCAGACUGUCUUUUCACUGUUUGUGGGUUUUGUAGAAGUUAUGCAUUUUUAUGGUAGAUAAAAUGUUACUUCUAUACAAGUACUCACUCCUUUUAUCAAAAGUUAAUUUUAAUCUCGCAGUCUACAUUGUGCUACAUUAUCCUGCUGCUUUGUAACAAUGUGUGUGGUCUGUAUGCCUUUUUGUAUGACAACUAGAUUAUCCAACUGACAGUUCUACAAAGUACAAAACAAAUGUUAACUUUUGAAGGUAAUUUAGUUUUGUGGCUGGGAAUUCAAGUCACAUGACUUACCUGCAGAGAGCAGAAUGGGUGUAUAUAGGAAUGAAUCUGGCUUUAGGGUUCAGCCGUCUAAGACCCUUUACAGGCACGGGUAGCUGAAAGUGAAAACUAAAUGAUAAAAGUUUAUUUUUUGAGAAAUGUCUCAAGUUGCUGAAUUUUUUAAGUCACCCAUUAAGGAGGUCACUAAGUAUUUUUUUAAUUGGGAAAAAAAACAUCCAUGAUGCUUAUGCAGUAAAUAAAAGUAACUACUAUAGAAGGAAACAUAAGGAAUUUUUAUUUCUAUAUCAUACAUGUGACAGGAUUGCAAAAAGCGGAAACAUUAGUUGUUCCGAGGCAGUAGACUAAGAAAAGGAGUGCUUUGAUAGUCUGUAUUCACGUAUAUGGACUAAGUCAUGGUGAACCAAGGUUAACACAAAAUUUAAGAGUAACUUAACAGAUAGCAUUUCUAAGAUAUUUUGAAUAUUAGGUCAGUUGGUGGUUUUCAGUACCUAAAAGACACACUUCAUGUUUUGAUACUAUGAAUAUGGGGAAAAGGCUUAAUACCAGUGUUUGCAUGUGACAUGCAUUGUAUGUUUUGACCUCUCGGAUAACUGUUUUCAUCUGCAGGUGAAAAGUUUUAAUUAUUUCAGUAAUUGGUGUUUUGCUUUUGAGAGGUCUUACAAUGGAACUAGGACCCACUGUUUUGAGGGAACUCUCGAUAUUACAUUAUAUCUGUUUGGUCCUUAAUGCAAUUAAAAAUUGGACAGCUUUAUUCUAGUUAAGCCAUAGGUGUCAACAUGUAAACUUGUUUUGAUUAAAGAAUUUUUCUAUCAAACUCUACUAGUAAAUUACUUCUUUGCUAUUUACAAAAGUGUGUUAAAAUUCUGGAUUUACUUUCCAGGGAGUAAUUUCUUGGUUAACUUGGUCAUAGAGGUUGUGUUGUUUGGGGAGACAGGGUAACUACAACAUAAGCUCAAAAUGAUAAAAAUAAAGGAAAUGUUAUUUUUUGUUCA